AUGACUAGGAUCAAUUCAUCAUCUUUAUCUCACGUUGCAGCCACUAUCAAGCUUCCUCCCUGGUCUAAACAUUUUCGUUUACACUGUUGGUUCCCUCUGUCAAUCUUAAUCGAUUCCAACUGCAACAGGGUUUUGUUUUCUCAUAAAAAUGCAAACAGAAGGGAGGGUACGAAGUGGAUUCAGAGACAGAUCGAGAAGGGGGAGGGUGUAGCAGUGGUUUUAGAAGUGAUUUUGGUGUUGUCGUGCGGUAUUCGGUGGCUCAACGAGCCGGCGGUAGCCCUAGUGGUCGGAAGCUAUGAUUAUUAUUCUGAAGUGAAGGAAUCUAUGGGAAAUCGAUGGGAGUUCUCCCUGUUCGUGUUGCAAUUGGUUUCCGAUGACAAAGCUUCGACAUUUGGUUGUUUGGUGAUCGAGAAGGGCUGCACCGAUUCAACAACACGUAAAGAAAUGGAUGAGCUUAAUCAAUAG